CACCUGAUCCUGUGAUCACAGUGUAAUGUGUGCGUGGCAGUGAUGUCACAGAGGAGGAGCCAGGUGCGCCUCUGCUGCGUGAGUUCACUCAAACUGUGGAAUCCACGCAGAUGCGCGCAUGUCCCCCGCGCCCCGGAGCACUUUACGCGUAUUUAAACCAAGAGGAAAGUCUUGACGCCAAACUUCUGCUCUGCUUCCAAAGCUCUGUUUUUCACGGUGUGAGCUGUGGAUGACUCUCUUGAUUUUUCUGCUAUUACCGACGAGCUCCUAACAGGUGUCUGGGGGGGAUUCCACGCUGCCGCCCGCACAGACAACAUGUCCAAUGGGAAAGACGCAAAUGCUGCACAAAACUCCUCACAGAUGACCCUAAAGGAGUGUCUGGAUGAGUGUAUGGAGGCAUUGGAUCUCUUCCUUAACAACCACUUCAACGAGAGCCUGGAGAGGCUGCGGCCAAGAGUGAACGAGAGCAUGUACCACGCUCUUAUCUACGCCACCGUGCUGGAAAUGCAGGCCAUGAUGACUUUCCAGCACGACGACAUCACCAACGCAGGAAAUACCAUGAAGAGUGCCCAGGAGGUCUGCCAGAGGUUUCGACGGAAAUCUCCAGGUUCGGGUUCACUCACUGAAGUGCAGCUUCAUGCUGAAGCGUGUUAUGCAGAGUGCCAACUCCAGAGAGCUGCUCUCACCUUCCUACAGGAUGAGAACAUGGUGAGUUUUAUCAAAGGAGGGAUCAAAGUACGAAACAGUUACCUAAUUUACAAAGAACUGCAUUCCCUCAUAAAAUCUCCCACCUGUCUCAAAGGAGCGAGCCAUGUUCACUUAGAGGGAGGAGUGUCGUUUGGAAUGGGAGCGUUUAAUCUGACACUCUCUCUGUUUCCUCCACGGAUACUCAAAGUUUUGGAGUUUGCAGGCUUCUCUGGAGACAAGGAAUACGGUCUGUCCCUGCUGCGUGACGGUGCGAUGGGGAUGAAUCUGCGCUCCAUGCUGUGUGCUCUGCUGCUGCUCUGCUACUACACCUUUCUCACGUUCAUACUCGGGACCGGUGAAGGAGAGGUAGCUGAAGCUGAAAGCCUGCUGAAGCCUUUCCGGCUCCACUACCCACGGGGAGCAAUAUUCCUCUUCUUUGCAGGCAGGACCGAAGAGAUCAAGGGGAACAUUGAUGAGGCGGUGGCACUCUUUGAGGAUGGCUGCAAGGCCCAGCAGGCAUGGAAGCAGUUCCACCACAUGUGCUACUGGGAGCUGAUGUGGUGCUUCACCUACAAGCGAAUGUGGAAGAUGGCGUACUUCUACGCAGACCUGCUGAGCCAAGAGAGCCGCUGGUCCAAGGCCAUGUAUGUUUACAUGAAAGCUGCUUACCUCAGCAUGCUGCCUAAAGAUGAAGCCAGACCUUUUGGGGAGGACGAGGUCGAUCUCUUUAGACAAGUGCCCACCUUAAAACAGAAGAUAGCAGGGAAGUCUCCCCCAACUGAGAAGUUUGCUAUCCGUAAAGCCAGACGCUACAAGGCUCAGAGACCAAUCAAGCUGCCGGUGCCAGUGCUGGAGAUGAUGUACAUGUGGAAUGGGUUCAGUAUGAUCAGCAAACGACCAGAGCUGACUGAAGGCAUGAUGCAGACUUUGGUGGAUGCAGAGCGCUCCCUGCAGGAGUCUCCUGAAAAUAUGUUUUCGGUGGAUGACCGCUGUCUGAUCCACCUGCUGAAGGGUCUGUGUUUUAAGAACCAGGGUCACCUCCAGGCUGCGGAGGAAAGCUUCAACCAAGUGUUUGCCAGUGAAAAGAAGAUCAAGUUUGACCACUACCUGGUGCCUAACACUCUGGUGGAGCUCAGUCUGCUCUACAUAGACUUAGGCAGAAGAGACGAGGCGAUUAAACUACUGCACAAGGCCAAGCACAACUACAAAGAGUACUCGAUGGAGUCUCGUACACAGUUCAGGGUACACGCCGCUCUGGCCAAACUCAAGGCUGACCCUGAAGAGGACGACACUCACCUGUAAGGACAUUUCAUCAUGGCUGGAAAGGCUCUCCACACUGGACUGUUUCCCCUCACAGUUCUGACUGUUUUUAGUGUCACUAUCCAUUUUUAACAAGUGAAUCCUGGGUAUUUUAUCAGUGUGUCCAGAUUUACCAGCCAGACUGACUUCCAUUGGUGUGUACGGGUGUCAAGUGGAGACGCUUUGAGCUGAGGGACAGUGUGUAGACGACUUUUAUUUGAAGGACAAUUUUUUUUUUUUUUUUAUUGUUUACACUGAAAAUUAAAAAAUACUCAAUUUUAAUUAUUUAAAUUUAAAGCCACUAUAAAUAUCAAAUGUAAUAAUUUGUAUGACUUAAUGAAAUGUAUAGUAAUAACUUUAAUAAGUAAUUAAUAUUAAACAGCGUACUGUGCUGGUUUGGAACAUCUUGUGAUGAUCAAGUUUUUUUUAAGUGUUUUAAACUCCUGCAUUUGUCAUUCUCUUUGGUUUUAAUGCAAAUGAGGGUGCGGUACGCCGUGGGUAAAACGCACUAAAGAGGUGAACUGUUUACUGCUCACUUUCACCAUCUGUUUACACGCAGAUCUGGAUCAGUGCGUGCACUUUCCAAAAACUACAUUCAAAUGUCUGAAAACUAUUUUUACAUAAAUAAAUUCUACAAAAAAAA